GCGGGCCUCUUGGCCCAGAGGUGAGUGGCCUGGCGCGGGGCUGCUGAUGCAGUGAUGAGGGGCAGGGCUUUUCCCAGCUGACUCCCAUCUCCAUCACGAGUCAGUGUCUCAGUGGCCUCCGCUUCCCACGCACUUCCACAGCGCGCGGCUCCAAAUUGGGGGAAGCUCUACGACGGCGCAUCUCGCAGGCGUUUGCGGCUUUUAUUUCCUAAUAAAAACUGCUUCCAAGGGUGUUCGGCGUGAAUAAAGCCUUUACUAAGGGGAGCAAGACUCAAGAGCGGUUCCGCUUCCCUCCUUUCCUUCACCUUGAGAGAGAGCAGCUCAGGUUCUUCUCAGUCCUUCUCGCUUCAUGGUUCCCACUCGGAUUCUCCUCUCUCCUCAAGCCUGUUGUGGAGCGACACAGAACUGUUCUCGUUUUAGUUUGGUGCUUCUGUGAUUUAAAGGCGCUUCGGGGAAUUUAAAACUCCAAAGGGAAAGUAAAAGUUUUUUUUCUUUUUUUUUUUUUUCCCUCCCACCUCCUGUGAGAGAAGCGCGUCUCAACAAUGAGUCUGAAAUCCGAUUCUGAGACGAGCAACAACGUGUCCAUGGAGGAGGAGGUGAGAACAUUGUUUGUCAGUGGUCUUCCUGUUGACAUCAAACCUCGUGAACUGUACCUGCUUUUCAGACCUUUCAAGGGUUAUGAAGGUUCACUGAUAAAGUUAACAUCAAAGCAGCCUGUUGGGUUUGUUACCUUUGACUGCCGGUCUGGUGCUGAAGCAGCGAAAAAUGCUCUAAAUGGGAUCCGCUUUGACCCCGAGAGCCCGCAGACCCUGCGCUUAGAGUUCGCUAAAGCCAACACGAAAAUGGCAAAGAGUAAGCUGCUGGCCACGCCGAACCCCACCAACAUCCACCCAGCUCUAGGAGCUCACCUCAUUGCACGGGACCCAUAUGAUCUGACUGGAGCGGCUCUGAUCCCCACCUCCCCCGAGGCUUGGGCCCCCUAUCCACUAUACACAGCUGAGCUGACCCCUGGCCUUCCCCAUGCUGCCUUCACGUACCCUGCGGCGGCUGCUGCAGCCGCUGCCCUCCAUGCUCAGAUGCGUUGGUAUCCUUCACCAUCUGAAGCGUCACAGCCAGGGUGGAAGUCUCGUCAGUUCUGUUAAGUGUUUAUGGCAUGUGCUGAACUCUACAGCAAGGGUCAUGUAAUGGACAGUUGCGUUUCUUUCGGUCCUUUGGAUCUUUCCUGAAGGACACUGAACUGAAAACACCCCAUGGCCUGCAAGCAGUAUGGUUUGGCACUUCACCACCCUGUGCAUACCAAGCUGCUUCAGAAAUGGACCACUUUACCAUAAAAAUGGCUUCUGUGAACUGCUGGGUCUCUGGGUUUAACUGUCUUGCAUGCAGUGGGAUCUGGCAUGAAUUGGAAUGAAGUGUUGUGUAUCCAGUUGUAGUUUACCAUAGAGAUAGGUCUUGGGCUGGUCAACUGACCUAUAUUUCUUGUGUGGUAUUGCCUCUGUUUUGCUUGUGAUGUUAGAUACAAAGUAGAUGCCAGCUUUAAAGCUUUUUUGUUUGGAACGGACAACUUGUGGUAAGUUCUCCUACAGUAUUUGGUUGUAAAUGUAAAGCUCAGAUGAGCAUCUGACCCAGCUCCCACAGACCAGGAGACUGCAUCCUUAUGUUUUGACCUGAUAUUUUUUUUUCCCCAAAAUGUCUUGUUAUGCUUGAAGGAAACAAGUUUCUCUAUUCAAGUAUUUAUGCAUUUGUGCAAUUAAAUAAGUAAAUGUUAGUCUUGUAUUUUUAUGCUGAUUCUAUUUCAUGUAUGAGUCUAAAAGUGCAAUUUGUAUUUCAUGAAGUUGGUUUCUUAUUAAAUAUAAGAAUAUUGUAGAAUGAAAUGA